AAGUUGGGAAGUUACUUUUCGGGUAUUCCCAAGGAAUAAUAAUAGACAUAGGCCAAAAAGCAAAAUAUCUAAUAAUAGGAUUAUCGGGAAAACUAACGGAAGUCACAGCAGCAAGUCCAUCCUCAUCCUGUUUACUGUUUACUGUUUACCAUCUAGGAGGCAACCAUUCGCAGGUAAUCCAAGUGCCCUUUGCCUUCUAUUAUCGGCAUACUUGUCAUAGCAACGCAACUACAAAUUACACAUAGAUUCUAGAUCUACAUGUGCUGAACAUAGUAAGUGGGUUGAAGAAUAGCAACUCACUUUUUUCACAAACGGAUGAGAUACAUGCUAUAGUUUUGUGAGUGCUGCUGAUUGCUGGAAGGGUGACUUCAACUUCAAAAUUAAAAAAGAAUCCUCUUGACGAUCUUGUCUCUGCCUGAGAUCAGUCAAACAAACAAACAAACAAACAGACAAACAAAAAACCAUGUCGAUGUUCACGAAGGACGAGGCUCUCUCCUUCCUCAAAAACAACUUGAAAGUGCGGGAUGUGGAGAAAAGACUGGAGACUGACCGCCGGUCACUUCUGGAUGACUUUGUGGUGGCCAUGCAGACACAGUUGGUCUUCCAGAACUUGAGACUGCUCAGUGUGCCCAAGGCCCAGCGGCGUCGACAGACAGUGGAAGAAAUCAAGUCCGACCUCCUGUCGGGAGUGGGCGGUCUGUGCUACAACCUGAACGUCUCGGCCUUUUUCUUGCUCCAGGCCCUGGGCUACAGGGCCAGCAUGGUGCACGCCACCUGCACCUCCAGCGUACUCUUCCCAGACAAUCACGUGGUCGUUUACGUCUGUGACGUGGCCACGCCCGGCGACAAGUUCCUGGUGGAGGUCGGGUUCGGAUUCCCGACGUACCGCGCCAUAAGUCUCGACUUUGAGAAAGAGUCCCCGGAAUACAUUGACUCGUUCAUCGAGUAUAAAUACAUACGACAUGAGGGGAAAGUUCUGCGCAUGCACCGGAAAGGCUGUCCCAUCAGGGCUAUGGGGAAGAAGAAUCCGCUGGUGGAUUUUGUGGUCGGUGAUUGGAGACGGUUUUAUUUGGUGGAGCCGGAGAGCACCACACAGCUAGCAGAGUUUGACGAAGACUUUGACCAAGUCUUUCAAAAUCCUGCUGCCUCGCCAUUUCAUGGGUCUUUCCGUGUGAUUGGUUUUCCCAACCGGAAGGCGGUCAUGGUCGUCAAUCAGAAGACAAUGAUUGAAGAUGAUAAAGGAGAUCUACAAGUUUCAGCAAUAGAAGGUGGUGACGAUGGCGUAGUGGCGAAGGUGAAGGAACUGUUUCCUGUCCUGCCUGAUCAGCUGGUACAGGACGCAAUGACCAACUUCAGAGCAUCCUCAUAACUGGGCACUGUCUGAUUUAUAUAUAUAUAUGUGUCUCGACGCGGUGGAAUCAGGCGCUGGUCAUUUUUUGUGCAUGUAGAGUUAUUG